GACAUUGGCUGAGGCGCUGUCGCUUUCCGAUACAAACAACGAAAGUGGGAAUCCACGCAGAUACGGGACGCUUCUACGUCAUCUGGCCAAAAGGUGCUUCUUGGAAAAUAGGAACCACGAGGUGCAGCUCUUGCUAGCGUGCUGUAUUGUGGAUAUAUUCCGGGUUUUUGCACCGAAUGCACCGAUCAUGGCCACGUCUCAAUUGAGGGAUGUCCUCAUCUUUCUGGUUCGUACAUUUCAAAGUCUACCAUCAUCAUCAAAUUCUUUAUUUCCGUCAUAUCUCUACAUACUCGGGAACCUCCACGAUAUAAGCACCUCAAUGCUGACACGGUACUUACCACCAGACGACGCAGGUCAGGUCAUUUGUGCAUUACUGAAAAUUGCUAUGGAAAUUGCUAAUGGGGAGGAGUGGAGAAACGAAUUACGAGAACGCCGUAGUAGAGACAAGGUCAUUGGUCUUCUAACUGAGAUGAUUUCUGAAGGUCUAGGAGAUGUUGAUCAAAUAUCUCUUGAAGUUCUCGAUAUUUUAUUUUUCUACUUAAUUGAGCCACAGAAGCUGAAUUGUCGCGAAUCUUACACCAUGUCCCGUCGAAUUAUCCAGUUGUCGCAAACAUCUCUAGGAGUCGCAAUACAGUCGUUACUAGCACAAUCACUGCUGGCUGGAAGUUUCCCGGAUGAGUGCGAGUUGAUUGGAAGGGUCAGAUUGCUGCUCGAUUUUGUCCGCAACUUUCUCGUUUCUUACAGGCAGCAGGCCUUACAAUGCCGUCGGCGGCAACAAUGGCACCGACAGCUUCUGCUGACGACGCAACGCAAAGCGCAGCUACACCGGGGCCGACAUCUGAGGGUAUGCCUGCGCAUAGCCGUAAGCGGCGCCGUACUACUCGUCGUCGGUGCUAAGAAGAACAUAGCUACGAAUUCAUAGCGGUAUCAGAGCUGCUUACUCUUUGAUUCACGGUUAUCUGGUAGGGUGGAGUGUAAGGAACCAUUUCCAAGUUCCUCUUCGUUUGUCUGUAUGAUUAUCUGUCUGUCUGCAUGUGUGUAUCAAUGACUGUAGUCAGCUCUUGAAGGCAGUGUCCCGGC